GGGGCUCACAACAAAGCGCCCGGACCGCCCGACGCAUACAGAGCGCAGAGAUCCGGAGAAAGCAGUCCACUUCCCGGGGAUGACAGCACGCCAGAGGAUCUACUUUACGCUCACUCCGCCUUUGCACUGAAACUUUUUUUUGCGCCGUCGCCGAAGGGGAAAAAAAAAAAUUAUAUUAAAAAAAAAAGGACACCUGCCUUUCAAGUUUACGGCAAAUUUAAAAAAAAAAAAAAAAAGUGUUUUUCCUGCAAACAUGCAGAGACCAGGCGGCCAUGGGACGGCGUUUUCAAUCGACUCCCUGAUAGGGACUCCGCAGCCCCGACCGGGACACCUGCUGUACACGGGCUACCCGAUGUUCAUGCCGUACAGAUCGCUGGUUAUCCCGCAGGCUUUGACCCACUCGCCUCUAUCGUCUGGUAUACCUCCACUCGCACCUUUGGCUUCUUUUGCGGGACGGCUCACCAACACGUUCUGUGCCAGUUUGGGACAAGGGGUGCCCUCCAUGGUGGCGCUCACCGCGACCAUGCCGAGCUUCUCGGAUCCUCCGGACAGUUUCUACCCUCCGCAGGAGCUCCCAGGUCCCCGUGUAAGCGCCGCGGACCCCGGAGCGAGAAGGCAGGAGAGCCCGCACUCCGAUGAGCGCCACAGCCGGGACAAGGGCUCCGAAAGGCUCAACUUCUCGGAAACUUUUCAAACAAUAUCAGGUGAGACCAAACUGUACAGCUCGGACGACGAGAAGCUGGACCUCAAAUCCUCCGCGGACACCGCGUGCAGCGACCGGGAGGACAGCUCCGCGGACAGCGAGAACGAAAGCUUCUCGGACGGCAACAACUGCGGCUCUCUGUCCCAGAAGAGCAAGCUGAAAGCCGGGUCGCAGGAUGCGCUACCGACCGGCGGCUCGGCGGGGAAGAGCCGCCGGAGACGGACAGCUUUCACCAGCGAGCAGCUGCUCGAACUCGAGAAGGAGUUUCACUGUAAAAAGUACCUUUCGCUGACUGAGCGCUCGCAGAUCGCGCACGCGCUCAAACUGAGCGAGGUGCAGGUGAAGAUCUGGUUUCAGAACCGCAGGGCCAAGUGGAAACGGAUCAAAGCCGGCAACGUCAACAACCGGUCGGGAGAGCCGGUGAGGAAUCCCAAAAUCGUGGUGCCCAUCCCGGUGCACGUCAACAGGUUCGCCGUGAGGAGUCAGCACCAACAGAUAGAACAAGGGAGCAGGCCAUGAACUCGAGAUCUCAAAAUAUGAAUAAUAAUAAUUAAAAAAGAAACACUUACAUUGACUCUUAUCUUCCACUGAUUCGUUGAACGCAUGAAGCACAAACAUGGAGGAUUCAAAUUUUUGUGAUUUUUUUUUUUUGGAGCGGAGAAGGUUUGCUCGUGGACAGAUCAAUUAUUUGGCAAUAUGCUGUCAUUUUUUAUUUUUAUUUAUUGCUGUGAAUAUGUAAAUAUAAAUGGGUAAAAAUUGGUACAAAUGGGCACUACGAGAGGAGACUGUUUUUUUUUUUUUUUAAAGUAUUUAUAUGUUGGGCCAAAAUGUUCUGUUGGUUUUAUGUGCAUGUCCUCAUUUUGGUGAAGAAUAAUUUUUUGUUUGUUUUGUUGUUUCGUACAAUUUGUUGACCACAUUUGCAUGUAAGACGUUUUUUUUUUAAUUUUAAAUUUUUUUAACUUUUUGUUUGGCAACUGAAGGAACCACCUUUUGACAGCUUAUUUGUGGAGGAAAAAAAAAGAAAAAGAUGGAAAUAAUGACCAAACAAGGGACGACUGUAAAGUAUAUUGACCUAAUAAAUCGCUUUAUAC